CAAAACGUGUGGAUCAAGUGAAUAAUCCGUAGUUCUGUUGAUACGUAAGGCCAAGGGAUUAUGACUCCAGUACCCGCCCCAUCAGUGCCUAUUUUCCCGUGUUUUUUAUUCAUUUCCAUUCGUCUCAUAUGAUUUUUUUUGUGAUUUAAUGGGACUUGUACAUAUGACUAGGUGAGGAUUGACACAUCGCAUUGACAGGGGUGUAGCUUCGAGGACAAACGGCUAUGAUAAUCAAGAUAGAAGAUUGAGAAUACUCAUCGCUUCAUGUAUACAUGAAAUUGGAAUUAACGAGAAAAUGUUCACCGGGGGGACAAGAAUGUCCCCCGGGGUAUUACACGCAAAUGCCCUUUCUUAAUAAAUUGUGUCCCAAGUCGGACAUGAAAAAUCUUGGUACACGUUGGACUGGCCCCAACAUACCACGCACUGCCGCAGCGCGUACAUUACUGAUCGUCGCUAUUUCACCAAACAACAAGAAUUACGGGUGUUACAAAUAUAAUAUUAAAACAACAGUUAUAAAUGAUAAAUGGACAGAGGUGAAAAGACGGAGUGGUACGAGCGGCAAAUACACACGUGAUAAAAUAACGUGGAGAAAAUUGGUGAUAAAGCCGCACUUAUCCGUCCGAUCCUACAACAAUUAUUUGUACACACAAGCCCAUUCAAAAUUCAAGUAUCACAUUGACAGUGAUAUACGAUUAUAUCGAUUGAGAUUAACUAACUGUCAUCAACAAUUUAAUUGUACAUCAUCUGGAAAACACAGACGUCAUUUCAGGAAGUGUUAGCACCUACCGCAAGGAAGGUGCCUUGGUUGCGCGCAGCGUAGACAAUGUCCGACGAUUAUUCCUCCUUAUCAGAAGAACGAAGUUUGUUCCGUCCGUUCACGCGGGAAUCCCUGGCUGCUAUCGAGACUCGCAUUGCUGAAGAACUUGCCAAGCAGAAGGAGCUUGAAGCUAAAAGAGCACAAGGCGAGGGUGGUUAUGGACGGAAGAAAAAGAAAAAAGAAACCCGUUAUGACGACGAAGACGAGGAUGAGGGUCCACAGCCAGAUCCGAUGUUUGAACAAGGGGCGCCAAUUCCAGUCCGACUGCACAACGAAUUUCCCCCUGAGCUGGCCUCCACGCCCCUUGAGGACAUCGAUUCCUUUUAUCAUAAUCAAAGGACGUUCGUGGUCAUCAGCAAGGGGAAGGACAUAUUCAGAUUCUCGGCGACGGAUGCGCUAUGGUUCCUCGACCCAUUCAAUCCAAUACGACGGGUGGCCAUUUAUAUCCUGGUUCACCCGCUCUUUUCCCUAUUCAUCAUCACCACUAUUUUGGUUAACUGCAUACUCAUGAUUAUGCCAACCACGCCCACCAUCGAGUCAACCGAAGUGUUAUUUACGGGCAUCUACACAUUUGAGUCCGCCGUUAAGGUGAUGGCGAGGGGUUUCAUUCUGCAGCCUUUUACCUAUCUUAGAGAUGCAUGGAAUUGGCUCGACUUCGUAGUUAUAGCUUUAGCUUAUGUGACGAUGGGCAUAGAUCUAGGCAACCUUGCCGCUCUCAGGACAUUUCGAGUCCUCCGAGCCUUGAAGACUGUCGCUAUUGUACCAGGUCUCAAAACCAUUGUCGGCGCUGUGAUAGAGUCAGUUAAAAAUCUGCGCGAUGUGAUAAUCUUAACAAUGUUCUCCCUGUCCGUCUUUGCGUUGAUGGGCCUUCAGAUUUACAUGGGGGUUUUGACGCAAAAGUGUAUAAAGAAUUUUCCGGAGGACGGAUCGUGGGGCAAUCUUACUGGUGAGAAUUGGGAGAGAUUCAACAAAAAUUCAACAAAUUGGUACGUGGAUGACAACGGGAACAUGCCGUUAUGUGGGAAUUCCUCCGGUGCAGGCAUGUGUGCCCCCGGUUACGUGUGUUUGCAAGGCUACGGUGGCAAUCCAAACUACGGCUACACGAGUUUCGAUACAUUUGGCUGGGCCCUGCUAUCCGCCUUUCGUUUGAUGACCCAGGAUUACUGGGAGAAUCUCUACCAACUUGUGUUGAGAUCAGCUGGACCAUGGCACAUGCUGUUCUUCAUUGUUAUCAUUUUCCUUGGUUCAUUCUAUCUCGUGAAUUUGAUUCUCGCUAUUGUCGCCAUGUCGUACGAUGAGUUGCAGAAAAAGGCGGAAGAGGAAGAGGCGGCUGAGGAGGAAGCCAUAAGAGAAGCCGAGGAGGCAGCAUUGGCCCGAGAGAACAAAAUAGCGGCGCAGGCAGCCGCGAGAGAAGCCGCGGCUGCCCAAGCUGCGGCUGACGCCAUUGUUAAGUCACCAUCGGACUUCUCAUGCCACAGUUACGAGCUAUUUGUUGGCCAGGAGAAGGGUAAUGACGACAACAACAAGGAGAGAAUGAGCAUACGCUCGGUCGAAUCCAUAAGCGAGUAUCGAGUCAGGCCCAUCAACAACAAUCACAGCGCCGCAGCCAAAGUUCGUAAAGUCAGCGCUGUCUCUCGCGCCCCUAACGGCCAGUUUACUUGUGCCUACCGGGAAAAUCUGAGGAAGGCAAGCCUUAGCCUGCCAGGCUCACCAUUCAAUCUCCGAAGAGGUAGUCGUGGAAGCCAUCAAUUCACAAUUCGCAAUGGCCGCGGUAGAUUCGUUGGAUCAUCAGGUGGGGAUAGAAAGCCACUUGUACUGUCUACAUACCUAGAUGCCCAAGAACACUUGCCUUAUGCAGACGAUUCAAAUGCUGUCACACCAAUGUCCGAGGAGAAUGGAACGAUCGUUAUACCGGUCCAUUAUCCAAGUCUUGGAUCACGUCAUUCGUCCUACACAUCGCAUGCCUCAAGAUUAUCAUAUACGUCCCAUGGCGAUCUGUUGAGCGGUAUCGCCAAUGCUGGUAAACAAAUGACCAAGGAGAGCAGACUUAGGAGUAGAUCUGCUAGACAGGGCAAUGGUCAUACACCCGAGCCAAUGCAGAAUCAGAAGUUGCAGCAUCAUCAUGAUGUGGACAUGGAAGAUCCAUUGGGUAAGAACAAACAGCAAGACAACCCAUUUAUCGAGUCUUCUCAGCCGCACGCCGUUGUCGACAUGAAAGAUGUUAUGGUCUUGAAUGAUAUUAUUGAACAAGCCGCUGGGCGGCAGAGCAGAGCAUCCGAACAAGGAGUUUCUACUUAUUACUUUCCGACAGACGACGACGAAGAAGGUCCAACAUUGAAGGAGAAGUUGAUAUCAGGGUUUUUACAAGGAAUCGAUAUGUUUUGUGACUGGAAGUGCUGUGGACCAUGGAUCAAAUUUCAGGACUUUGUUUCAAUGAUUGUCUUCGAUCCAUUUGUAGAAUUGUUCAUUACACUCUGCAUCGUAGUUAAUACUCUGUUCAUGGCACUUGAUCACCACAAUAUGGAUCCGGAGAUGGAGAGAAUACUUAAAUCUGGAAAUUACUUUUUUACCGCAACAUUUGGCAUCGAAGCAGCCAUGAAACUUAUAGCUAUGAGUCCAAAAUUUUAUUUCCAAGAGGGAUGGAAUAUUUUUGAUUUUAUUAUCGUUGCACUUUCGCUACUGGAGUUGGGCCUCGAGGGAGUUCAAGGACUUUCUGUACUGCGUUCAUUCAGAUUGUUGCGAGUGUUCAAAUUAGCUAAAUCAUGGCCAACGUUAAAUCUGUUGAUAUCAAUUAUGGGAAGAACUGUGGGUGCAUUGGGUAACCUGACAUUUGUGCUGUGCAUUAUUAUAUUCAUAUUUGCCGUUAUGGGAAUGCAAUUGUUUGGUAAAAAUUAUACGGACAAUGUUGAUCGAUUUCCCGAUGGAGAUUUACCGAGGUGGAAUUUUACGGAUUUCAUGCACUCGUUUAUGAUUGUAUUUCGAGUUUUGUGCGGUGAGUGGAUCGAGUCUAUGUGGGAUUGUAUGCUGGUUGGUGAUGUCUCCUGUAUUCCGUUCUUUUUGGCCACUGUUGUCAUCGGAAAUUUGGUCGUCCUCAAUCUCUUCUUGGCGUUGCUCUUGAGCAACUUCGGUUCAUCGAAUCUGUCAGCACCAACUGCCGACAAUGACACGAAUAAAAUAACCGAGGCAAUUGACAGGAUAGCACGUUUUAUAGCAUGGGUCAAACGUAACGUUCGGAAUGUGUUCAAAAUGAUGCGGGCCAAAUUCACCAAUCAGAUAUCCGAUCAGGCGCCAGGUGAGGGACCGUCCAACAGUUGGAAAGAAGAUGGAAUUGAUCGUGACUGCAGUCGGGAUCUUGCUGAUGGUGAACUGGAUGGAUACAGAGAUAAGAAAAGUGCUAAAGAAUUCAAUAAUCAGUUGGAAGUUGCUAUUGGAGAUGGAAUGGAAUUUACGAUACACGGAGAUCUGAGAAAUAAAUUGAGAAGGGACAGAGUGAGUAUAAAUAACACGAAAGCUAUCGGGAACUCGAUAAACCAUCGAGAUUACCGACUCGAUCAUGACUAUAUUACUCAUCACGAUGAGGACACGAUCAGCAACAAAUCAUACGGUAGCCAUGAGAAUCGUUUCAACAGUGAGAGAAGUCACAAAGGAAGUGUGGAUUCUCUGGACGGAGAGGAGAAGAAGGACGCCAGCAAAGAAGACCUCGAGGGAGACGAUCUAGAAGACGACGGUGAGAACGGCGAAGACGAAGAGCUGGAGGAGGAGGGUGACAUCGUCAUCCACGCUGACGAGGACAUAAUCGAGGGCGAUGGAGACUAUCCCCACGAUUGCUGUCCCGAUCAUUGCUACAAGAGGUUUCCAUUCCUCGCUGGCGAUGACGACGCACCCUUCUGGCAGGGCUGGGCCAAUCUUCGUCUCAAGACAUUUCAACUCAUUGAGAACAAGUACUUCGAGACUGCUGUUAUCACCAUGAUUUUGCUCAGCAGUAUGGCAUUGGCCCUCGAGGAUGUUCAUCUACAAUCGAGACCAAUUCUUCAAGACAUCCUGUACUACAUGGACCGUAUCUUCACUGUCAUAUUCUUCCUGGAAAUGUUGAUCAAGUGGUUGGCGCUUGGAUUCGCCAAGUACUUCACGAAUGCCUGGUGUUGGCUCGAUUUCAUCAUUGUAAUGGUGUCGCUCAUUAACUUCGUAGCGUCGCUAUGUGGCGCGGGCGGAAUUCAAGCCUUCAAAACAAUGAGGACCCUAAGGGCCCUAAGGCCACUCAGGGCGAUGUCUAGAAUGCAGGGGAUGCGGGUGGUGGUGAACGCUCUGGUCCAGGCUAUCCCGUCCAUCUUCAACGUACUGCUGGUCUGUCUGAUAUUCUGGCUGAUCUUUGCAAUCAUGGGAGUACAGCUGUUUGCUGGGAAGUACUACAAGUGCGUUGACAUGAACAAGACAACUCUCAGUCAUGAAAUCAUUCCCGAUCGUAAUGCUUGUAUCGCCGAGAACUACACGUGGGAAAAUUCACCAAUGAACUUCGAUCAUGUCGGCAAAGCUUACUUGUGUCUAUUUCAAGUCGCUACCUUCAAAGGGUGGAUUCAGAUAAUGAACGAUGCCAUUGACUCCAGAGACCUUGGAAAACAACCGAUCCGCGAGACAAACAUUUACAUGUAUCUCUACUUUGUAUUCUUCAUUAUAUUCGGAUCAUUUUUUACCCUGAAUCUGUUUAUCGGAGUCAUCAUUGAUAAUUUCAAUGAGCAAAAGAAGAAAGCGGGUGGCUCACUCGAGAUGUUCAUGACUGAGGAUCAGAAGAAGUACUACAAUGCUAUGAAAAAAAUGGGGAGUAAAAAACCUCUUAAGGCUAUACCACGACCAAGGUGGAGACCCCAAGCGAUAGUGUUUGAAAUAGUGACGGACAAGAAGUUCGAUAUGAUAAUCAUGUUGUUCAUUGGUCUCAACAUGCUGACAAUGACACUAGAUCACUAUCAACAGACAGAAACAUUCAGCAAUGUGCUUGAUUACUUAAACAUGAUAUUCAUUGUGAUAUUCACCAGCGAGUGUUUGAUGAAGAUAUUUGCUCUACGCUAUCACUACUUCAAGGAGCCCUGGAAUCUCUUUGAUUUUGUUGUUGUUAUAUUAUCAAUAUUAGGAUUGGUGCUGAGUGACAUUAUUGAAAAGUACUUUGUAUCACCUACACUGCUGCGAGUGGUGAGAGUAGCCAAAGUGGGUCGUGUACUCCGUCUUGUCAAGGGUGCUAAGGGCAUAAGGACACUACUAUUUGCCCUUGCCAUGUCUCUGCCAGCUCUAUUCAACAUUUGCCUCCUGCUUUUCCUUGUUAUGUUUAUCUUUGCCAUAUUUGGCAUGUCAUUCUUCAUGCACGUUAAGGAUAAAAGUGGUCUUGAUGACGUGUAUAAUUUCAAAACUUUUGGACAGUCGAUGAUACUGUUGUUUCAAAUGUCGACAUCAGCCGGUUGGGACGGCGUGCUAGACGGUAUAAUAAACGAAGAGGACUGCCUCCAGCCGAACAAUGAAAUAGGCUAUCCCGGCAAUUGUGGAUCCUCAACAAUUGGAAUUGCAUACCUGCUAUCGUAUCUCGUCAUCAGCUUCCUAAUCGUCAUCAACAUGUAUAUCGCAGUGAUAUUAGAGAAUUACUCACAAGCGACCGAAGAUGUGCAGGAGGGAUUGACCGAUGAUGACUACGAUAUGUACUAUGAAAUAUGGCAGCAAUUCGAUCCAGAUGGUACACAGUACAUUAGAUACGACCAGCUCUCCGAUUUCUUGGAUGUACUUGAGCCACCCUUGCAAAUACACAAACCGAACAAGUACAAGAUCGUGUCGAUGGAUAUCCCCAUAUGUAAGGGUGAUCUUAUGUUUUGCGUGGAUAUCCUCGAUGCCCUCACCAAAGACUUUUUCGCUAGAAAGGGUAAUCCUAUUGAGGAAACUGGAGAGUUGGCCGAAGUACAGACACGACCUGGUGAGGUUGGUUAUGAGCCAGUAUCAUCGACAUUGUGGCGACAGAGGGAGGAAUAUUGUGCACGUCUCAUUCAAAAUGCAUGGCGCAAGCACAAGCAAAAUCGUCUUGGUGGACCAAGUGAGGAGAGCGAUGAUCCUGACACUGAUCCAAGGGUCAGACAAACAGCUGUACUAGUUGAGAGUGAUGGGUUUAUCACUAAAAAUGGACAUCGUGUUGUUAUACAUAGCCGUUCACCAAGUGUAACAUCGCGCACUGCGGACGUCUGAUCUCAGCUCGAAACUCCAACGACGAAUCAUUUGAAAAAGUAAUUAUCAUCGGACGAUGAAGUACUCAAAACUACAUGAAAAAAAAUAUACUUCAAACUGCAGCCGUUUAUUAAAGAGAAUAAUAACUAAUUAUAAUUAAUGAUAAAUGAGAUAAUCCUCACCCCCCCGGCCCCCCCGGAUUUAUCACUGCGCUCUUCUCUCAUUCGCCACCAUGACUUUGCUAAAAAUCCUUUGAAACAAAUGAAUAUAUCGUGUGCUAUUUAACUAAUCAACAGCCUUAUAGUUUUGUAAAACGAUAUUUGAGACAAAAUGACAGACGAAAAUGAAGAUUAAGAAGAAAAAAAAACAUCGUUAAUCAUUAAUUCCUCCAACGAGUUGCCUUUUUCAAAUCGGACUGCACCAUUUUAAUAUUAAUGAAAACUUAAUUAAAACAACAUUUAAUGAUAAUGAUGAAACGUCGUUGGGAUAGUUUCGAUCGAAAAAAAAAUAAUGAUGAAUAAUACUGAAGACUCUAUUGAGAUUCGUCCAUUUAAAUUAUUUCAUUGAAUAAUAAAUCAAUUAAAUUAAUGAAAUAUCGAGCACGCCUCGACGCCGGCCCGCGGAUUGUCCACUUGAUAUUAAUAAUUUAAUGACUCUCAAUGAUUCCCAAGACCCCGUUCCCACUCCCUCGCUUGCUUAAAACGCUCUUAAGAUCCCUUAACAAUUUUCCCCCCAUCCCCAUUUUUAUCUAAUUAAAACAACAUAAAACAUCCGGAGUAUAAGUGAUUUUUCUCGGUGAAACAAAGAGAAAAAAAAAUUUCAUGAAAAAAAUGUUCAACCGCGUUAUGUCGCUGAAAUUCAUCAGACAUUUGGCUAUUGGAUUCGCUUCCCCCCCGAUUCCCAAAUUAUGAAUUCAAUGGCCAAUGAAUGAGUGAAUUGAACUGAUAAAUAUGUUUUAAUAUAAAUGUGCAACGUGCGCGAUUAACAUAACAGUGUCCAAAUGAAAAAAAAAAAAUUAUCAUCAAUCAUCGGUUAUUUUUUACAUCAGUGAAGAUAUAUUGAAGAGUUUCGAUGAAAUGUGUUUGAUUAACACGAUUGGUUACAACGAGCACAGACACAUUUACACACGAGGAGGAUUAAUGAUAAUGAACACGUACCCACUGCAUCAUCAAUUAUUAUGAGGCCGGAUUAACUUAUGAUAAAUUAGUAAUGGCUGUUUUCGAUUUAUUUCAAUCGGUUGACGAUUAUUAUUGUAAUUACGAGGUAGACGACGCCGCUUUGUCUAAUAUUUUUUACAUUUAUUGUUAUUAUUAUUAUUACUAUUCUAUUGAUUGUUUUGAUUAUCAAUAAAGCGAAGGGUAAUUCACGUA